AGCGGAUGCUGAGGGGGAGGGGAGGAGACAGGUUGGACCAUCAACAGCUACAGCCGUGGGAGCUUCACCCAUUCUUAAGAGAAAUCCAGUUUUCCAACGCUUCCAUAGGCGGACUGCAUUUAGAUGAGAACGGGGAGCUGCCGGCCAACUUUGAUAUUGAGAACUGGGUGAUGUUUCCCAACAAGACUCGUGUUAGAGUGAAAAUUGGGAGUAUUGAGCGAGAGGCAUCCAGUGACAUCAAGCUCACUGUUAGCCCAGAAGCCAUUGUGUGGCACAAGCAGUUUAACCAGACCGUGCCUCGCUCCAGGUGUACCAAAAGCUGUCACCCUGGAUAUGCCAAGAUGGUUCAAGAAGGAGAGCCAGUUUGCUGCUACGCUUGUGAUCCGUGUGCAGAAGGGACCAUCUCCACUCAGGAAGAUGCAGAGCAUUGCACCAGGUGCCCAGAAGAUCAGCAUCCAAACAAGGACCGAGAUCAGUGUAUCCCCAAGAUCAUAACUUUCCUGACUUACGAAGAUUUGGGGAUCCUCUUGGCUUCCUUUGCUGUCUUCUUGUCCUUAACCACAGGCUUUGUGUUUGGAAUCUUCAUUAAAUUCUUAGAAACUCCAAUAGUCAAAGCCAACAACCGGGACCUCUCCUUCAUCCUCCUCAUCUCCCUCCUGCUAUCUUUUUUGUCCUCCUUCCUCUUCAUUGGCUGGCCAACGAAAGAGACCUGCCUUCUCCGACAAACAGCCUUCAGCAUCAUCUUCUCAGCUGCCGUCUCUUCUGUCUUGGCAAAAACAAUCACUGUAGUGCUGGCCUUCCUGGCCACAAAGCCAGAGAACAAAGUGAGGAGAUGGUUGGGGAAGAGUCUGGCCAACUCCAUUGUCAUUUCUUGUUCCAGUGUCCAAGUUGUCAUAUGCACUAUCUGGCUGGGGAUCUCUCCCCCAUUCCCAGACUCUGACAUGCACUCCCAGCCUGGAGAGAUCAUCCUGCAAUGCAACGAAGGGUCUGUUGCCAUGUUUUAUGUUGCUCUUGGCUACAUGGGCUUCCUGGCUGCCAUCUGCUUCAUGGUGGCUUUCCUAGCCAGGAAGCUGCCUGGGGCCUUCAAUGAAGCCAAGCUGAUCACCUUCAGCAUGUUGGUCUUCUGCAGUGUUUGGAUCUCCUUUGUGCCCACCUAUCUGAGCACGAAGGGGAAAUACAUGGUAGCCGUGCAGGUCUUCUCCAUCUUGGCCUCCAGUGCUGGACUACUGGGCUGCAUCUUCAUUCCCAAGUGCUACAUAAUUGUACUCAGGCCAGAUCAGAAUACAAAGGAGCAUCUAACAACAAAAACUAAAGCAGAAGUCUGA